AUGAAACAAUCCUCAUGUGCCUGGCAGUGGCUUUCUUUGCUUGCACUUUGGGUACAAAUGGUUACUUGCUGUUCCUUUCGAUUUUGGGUGGCGGCCUUUGAGCCCUGUGUUGAGCAGCUCCACACACGUGAUAGAAGGAAGGGCGUUGCAGUUGCCUUGGUUGGGCAUGGGGAGAAUUUGGAGGGCACAUUGCGCUGGCGGUGUUUUGUUCUUUCGGUCUUUGUGGAACGCCUUAUCGAACGACGUUCACGCAGGUUUGCUGCAACUCCGAUUCAUUGGCGUCGGUUAUGCUUGUUUGGAUGGCACGACGUCAGCGAUUUGGAGUUGAUUGCGAGUCCGCAGAUGGAGCGUUGUUGA